AUGGCAUCUCGUAAACCAAACGCGAGUGCUGUUAAAGCACUUCAAAAGGAACUUAAAGAUUUGAAUGAGUUCCCAGUGGAGGGAUUCAAAGUGAUGGUUUCGGAAGAGGAAAAUCUUUUUGUUUGGGACGUCGCCAUAUUUGGACCACCAAUGACUUUGUAUGAAGGAGGUUAUUUCAAGGCACGACUAUGUUUCCCUGACGACUAUCCAUAUAGUCCUCCUACAAUGCAUUUUCUUAGCAGGAUGUAUCACCCGAACAUAUAUGAGAAUGGUGAAGUCUGUAUAUCAAUUUUGCAUUCCCCAGGUGAUGACCCACAGAGCGGUGAGCUGCCAUCUGAGAGAUGGAAUCCGACACAAAACGUCAGGACGAUUCUUUUGAGUGUCAUUUCUUUAUUGAAUGAGCCAAACAUCCAUUCAGCUGCUCAUGUCGAUGCGUCAGUGGCUUAUAGGAAAUGGAAAGAGUCCAAUGGAGUUCAGGAUGAGUACGAACGUGUAGUUACGUCACUCGUUAGAGCGACUCACGAGGAGGCCAAACAAGAUGGAGUUACUGUUCCAACCACCCUUGAGGAAUACUGUGUUAGUGGUAGACCUGCGUCUAAAACAUUUUAUCAAUGUGAUGAUGUAGAUGGACUAUCUGAUUACGAUGAUCAUGACGAAUACUAUGGCUCUGAUGAUGAUGAUAAUGUAUCAAUUGAUGUGAAGGAAGAUGAAGAAAUCGAUCCUACCAAAGAGUCUCAAUCCUCUACAAAGAUAGAUUCUGGAGUAGAAGACCCAUGUAUGAGUAAAACGGGGAAGUCUGGGGAAUCCUCGAGAGUUGUCGAUCAUAGAAUAUCAAAUGA